CGGGGGAGGAGAUGAGAAUUAAAGAGAGCCAAAGCCAAGGAGAUGAAAUGAUAGCAUCAUGAAUGAUGGUGCUAUGUAUAGCCAUUCUGAAACUACAUUAUCACUUCGGAAACCAAGUAUCGCUCUUCAACCUCGCAGCAAUCAUUGCGUACGAGAGGAAAGGAGAGGUCAGAGUGGCGGCAGUCAGCCUCGAUGGGAGAUUGGGCAUAGCUUCAAGACGAUGGAAGAAGCCUUGCCGAGCGGUAAAUCGGGGAUAGGAGGGUGAAUAAGUGAG